AUGCCCACAAACGCUACAAUGGGAAAGUCAAAGGAGCUCAGCAUGGAUCUGAAAAAGGGAAUCGUUGACUUGAACACGUCAGGAAAGUCACUUGGAGUAAUUUCAAAGCAGCUGCAGGUCCCAAGAGCAACAUUGCAAAAAAUUGUUUGUAAGUAUAAAGUGCAUGGCACUGUUUUGUCACUGCCACCAUCAGGAAGAAAAUGCAAGCUAUCACCUGCUGCUGAGAGAAAAUUGGUCAGAAGGGUGAAGAGUCAACCGAGAACCACCAAAAAGCAGAUCUGCCAAGAAUUAGAAGCUGUGGGAACACAGGUGUCAGUGUCCACAGUCAAGCGUGUUUUGCAUAUCCAUGGACUGAGAAGCUGCCGUGCAAGAAGGACGCCCUUGCUCCAAAAGCAGCACCUUAAGGCUCGACCGAAGUUUGCUGCUGAUCACAUGGACAAAGAUAAGACCUUCUGGAGGAGAGGUCAAUAUGUUUGGAGGAGGAAAGGUGAGGCCUUUAACCCCAAGAACACCAUGCCUACCGUCAAGCACGGUGGUGGUAGUAUUAUGCUGUGGGGCUGUUUUGCUGCCAAUGGAACUGGUGCUUUACAGAGAGUAAAUGGGAUAAUAAAGAAGGAGGAUUACCUUCAAAAUUUUCAAGAUAACCUAAAAUCAUCAGCCCGAAGGUUGGGUCCUGGCCGCAGUUGGAUGUUCCAACAGGACAAUGACCCCAAACACACAUCAAAAGUGGUAAUGGAAUAG